GAGCUCCCCCUCCCCUCCUCCCCUCAUUUUGAACCAAACAUAUCCUACAUUUUCUCAGUGUUUAUUCUGUCAAAAUUUCUCUCAUUCUCGGCCUUCGGCACCAGCGGCGGCGACGCACUGUCGAUCACGGUGUUCCGGUGAGUUCUCUACGCAUUCCAUUUAAUUCGCGCAUCUCGGCCUCGAAGCUCGCCACCGGCCGCCCUUCCCACCUCGCAGUCGCGCGCGCACAAUACUAUCGGUGUUUCUGUAGAUGUUUCUGAGAAGAGCAUUUGAAAGGACUCUGUUAGCGGCCGCCAAAUCGGAGGCUUCAGCUGCUCCGGCAGCAGCUGCAGCUUCUUCUACAGCUCUGCGGAAUCCACUUGAGGAGUUCUUUGAGGCUGAUAGAAAUCCAGAGAACAAGAAGCGUGUGAUAUAUGGUAGGAGUUGGAAGGCUUCGGAACUACGCCUCAAAUCUUGGGAUGACCUUCACAAGCUGUGGUAUGUUCUGCUAAAGGAGAAGAACAUGUUGAUGACUCAGCGUCAGAUGCUGCAGGCUCAAAACCUUCGGUUUCCUAACCCCGAACGACUUCCAAAGGUGCGAAAGUCAAUGUGUCGGAUAAAACAUGUGCUCACCGAGAGAGCCAUUGAAGAAGCCGAUCCUAGGAGGUCUGUAGAAAUGAGAAGGAUGAUCAAUGCCUUGUAAGUCCCUCCUUUCAGUUCACUGUGUCUCCUCUUCGUCGUCGGCCUCGUCGGAAAAUUUAAAUUUUUAAAAUUUUAGAUAUUGAGAAUUUACUCACUUUGUUCAGAUUUCUUCAUUCAUGCUGUGAUGAAUUUUAUCUGAAAUUAUCAUUGAGCAUUUGCAGCUGCUAGUAUUAGUAAACUCGAGGUACAACCAUGGUAGCACGGGGUACAACCUGGGCUCCUUUUUCUUUACAUAUUGGGCUUGGGCCUGAUUAUUUUGGGCCGAAAUAAAUCGUAUGGGUCUGUUUG